UACUACAGGAUAUUUUGUACCGCAGUAAUACACAAGAAAUAGUUCCUGCAUGUCGCAGUAAUCUCCAUAAUAAACUGCUUUAAUGCUGACUGUGUUAUGAAUGAGUUAUUAUACUACAGCGUACGUAUAUUGAAAGAGUUUGUUCAAUCUUUAUGAAUUACUUCAAUGUUUGUUUGGAAUUAAAUUAAGCGUAUUGUAAAAUAUCGGACGAUCCCGCUUAAAGAUAUCAAUGGAAUACUUAUAUGUUUUUGUAAAAUGCAAUUAUAUUAACGUACGAGAAGAGGAUCUAAUCUGUGUAUUUAAUAUUUUAGAUUUUAUUGUGAAAUCGUAUCACUUAAGUGACUGGUUAAGAGGGGGGAAAGAAGUGAAAUUAUGAGCGUGAAAGGAAUAUUUGAAAUAAAUCAGUUUAAAUUGUGAUUUAAGCACUAGCUUCUUGAGAUAAAGAAAGGAAAAGAUACUGAAAUCUCGAAAAAACACCUGGGCCAUGUAGCCAGUUAUAAAGAGAACUAUCACUGUAUCGACAAAUUUCAAAUAUUGCUACAUUCUACAGAGAGAGAACUAUUAAACGAUCGUUAGAGGUGAUGUGACCUGUAAAUAAAAAGCAACGUGAAACAGGGUGUUAUGAAUAUAUAUAAGAUGUAGCCAUCCGUGAUUUGAUUUUAACUGAUAUUUAGCAGCGAUUUGAAAAAGUGUUUUUGAAUAGUUCAUUUAAACGUGAAUUAUUGUGACAAAACGUGUGUAGGGAUUAGACACAAGAUUUUAUGUAAAUAAUUGCCACAAAUGGAUAUUUAACUUAUUAGUUCUGAUGAAUAAAUGAAAUUAUUUUUGGUUAUUUUGUAAUUAUGAAAUAUAUUUUUAAAAUUCUAAACUUACUGAUAAUUCUUUUUUAUAUAAAUAUGACAAUCGCAGAUGAAAAUGGGAAUUUCUCGUCUUCAGAAUCAAGUAUUAAAGUCUCCGUUCCUAUGACGUUGAGAUCAAUGAGUAUUGCUGAAACGGAACAGAAGCAAAAUAAAAGCGGUUAUGCAGUAAACGAAAAGCUUAAUAAGACAGAAAAGCCUAUAAGUGCACUUACUGAAAAUGAAAGUUUACAGGAUGUCCUCACGUCGGAGUUUGAUAACAGCACGGAUGAAAGUAAUGAUGAAGUCGAUGAUAUUCAUUCAAGUUUUAAUUUAGCAAUUAUACCAGCCGCAGCCGUCUUUGUUUUUGUAGUAAUAAUUUGUUUCAAGUGUUGCAAAUGGUUACGACAAUAUACAAGGGGAGGUAACAAAGAAGAAAAUUUCUACGCAGUAAUCGUAACUGAUGACUACAAAGAAUACGGCCAUAUUGAUAUAACUUCUGAGUCAGCAUCCACGGCUUGCUACGACACUGUAUCGUCAUAUACUUCUUUUCUUAAACGCAGUGGCAACGAAAGCUCACUGAGCUCUCUAAGAAAAUGGCAAAAAGACAGUAUCAAAAGCAAGAGCGGUACGUCAUCACCGUCUAAGACUGCGAAGAAAGGUGCCGGUGAUGAAUCGGCUAUAAAGCAAUUCAACUCCGUAAGUAGUACGGGAACGAAAAUAGAUAAAACAAAUGGAGACUUUGAUGUUAGGCUUCCUUCAACCUCUAGCGCGGAAACUGUCAGUGAGCAGUUGACAGAUUCCCCUAUCUUUAGACGUAAUAAUAGAUUUAGAGUUUCAUUCGUGACAGACGCAAAACCGUCGGCAUCAGAAAAUAAAACCCCUAACGGUAAUAUAAGACACGAGAAACUCAUGCGUUCUAAUUUGAAAAAGUCAUCAUCAACAGCAACAUCACCUGAACAUUCGUCGCUUAACAUCACAUCUGAAAGACCUCCAGAAGAAACAAAAAUGGUCGAUGUUGGUACACAGACUAACAAAUCAUUCAGGUAUAGUUUACGCAAGACAAAAGGACAUGUGAGCGAUAGCGAUUUAGAUGAAAGACUCUUUUGUAGAUUAGAUACGAGCACUUGCAUUGCAUUGCAGUCAGACAAGAGUAAAUGUGAAAAUGAUGGUGGUAACGAUUUGAGUGAAAACAGUGAUAAUAGUAAAGCCGAUAAAUGUCUAAAGCGUUCCAGUGUUUCACUUGAAGAAGACAGAAAAAACUCACUUUCAACAGUUAUUCCUAAGACCUCAAAAUACCCGUUCGAUACAAAUGUAGAAGUGAUUCAUCACUGCAAACAAACAAAAGAAUCAAAUGAAAAUUUAGAUUUAGUUGACGAUGUGUUUAUAGAAGAACUGAUAACAGAUUCAACACCACACUGUUAUAAAAACCAACUACCAGAUUUCAGUUUCUCUUCAGAACCCUGUAAUAGUGUAGAGAAAAGAUGUGAUGAACGUUUACUUGAAGGACUACCUCAACCUGAAAUACAUUUAUGUAGCCAUUGCAAAACCAGUAUAUGUAGUAAUAGUGAUGAACCAGUUUGUAACGAAGCCAAGCUACAAGUUUCAGAUAAAAAUCAUGUGAUUCAAACAAUAUGUGAAAAAUGCCGAUUAGUACAUAAAGAUAAAGAGAACGUUUCCUGCGAAACAGAAAAGGAUAACACAGAAGAGGUUGAUGUACAAAAACAGAGCAAUGUCAAGGACAGUGAUAGACCAUCAAGCACAAUUUCACAAGAAAGCAGCGGGUAUGCUGAACUGUCUUCCAGUAGUAACUCCUCCUGUUCGAAAUGAAUGUCAUGAAGCAUAUUAAAAUUAUAUCCAUUCCACAUAAUUUUUAUAUAAACGAUGCAAUAUCUAACUUGCCUUAUACAUAUACACAUACAUAGCUAUUUAUUUUCUGAAUUAAUACUCAAUUUGAUAUAUGCAGAUGUUUUUGUAGCGAUAUUGGAAAAAAUGAGGAAUACAAUUAUUAUUAAAAUCAUUUUGUAUAUUUGUUAACGUAUACUUCAAAACUUUAUUUUCCAAUGAUAUAUGAACAUAUGCGUAUAAUAACAAGUUUUGUAUUGAAUAUCUAGUAUUUCUUCUUACCUUUUAAAACACGCGUUCUGCAUUUUUUUUGUUAGAUUAUAAGUUUUUUUUCUCCAAGUUUAUUACUGCAUUACUAAAGAGAAAAUGGCACUGGCUGAGGGAGUACACGGCUAGUAUAGGUAUCGGGUCGGGCUCAUGACUUUUGUGGUCGAAAUCGCUUUAAAUCAUUUAAAACCACCGAAGGGGAUGGUAAGCAGUCUAAAGUCAAACACUCAUUUGAUUCAUCGGUUAAAUGAAGUCAACUUUUUAACAUUUCAUACUAGACAUCACGUUUUAUGCAGAAAAUACUUUUAUACAUACAAAUGGCGAUUUUACAUAAUAACUCACAAUAUUCUGAAUUUAAUUCUUAUUCUUGUUGCAAAAUAUAAAAUCGCUACUAUUCAAAUGUGCUAUUGUGGUGCUUAACGCUUUAAGAAAUUUUUUGUAUGCUAAAAUCUUCAAAGGGUUGUAUCUUUUAUAAUUCAUUUAGAAAGUAAAUAGAACCAUACAUUUUUGGAAAAAGCUUCUAAGUCACUAAACAGAUUGAACAAAGUUAACUUUGACUUAAAAAGAAAUAGAUCACUAAAUAGAAUAAAAUGUUUUAUUAAUCAUUCUAACACUUUUAAGAUGUUUUUUAUAUAACCAAAGAAGGAUUUUACCGUGUAUUGUCUUGUCGAUUGGAACACGUUUCGCACAAUGACCUACUUUUGGCUAUUCCGGUUUAUUCACUCGUAUUUAAAACCGCAUUUUAUUCCAGAUAAGUAUCCCUUCCUGAUGUAGUUUGACCGUGUUAGAAUGGAAAUAGAUUUAGUUUUUAAACAAAGCUUAGAGCUAAGGGUUACCCCUCGUCCCCAAAAGUUUCAUUUUAUCAAGAAAACAUGACAAAUAGAAUUAGUGUCACAGAACUGUAAGCUUUACUAUUUACGAGUAAAGUUUGCUCUUAAUAUAUACUUCAUGUGAUUAAUUGUGCUCAAUACAAUAUCUAUAGUAUCAUUGAAUAUCUAUUUUGGUCCACUUUUUCUUUAAAAAUAAGAAAACAUGACAAAUAGAAUCAAUGUCACAGAACUUUAUGCUCUACUAUUUAUGAGUAAAGUUUGCACUUAAUAUAUACUUCAUGUGAUUUAUUGUGCUCAAUACAAUAUCUAUGGUAUCAUUGAAUAUCUAUUUUGGUCCACUUUUUCUUUAAAAAUAAGAAAACAUGACAAAUAGAAUCAAUGACACAGAACUUUAUGCUCUACUAUUUAUGAGUAAAGUUUGCACUUAAUAUAUACUUCAUGUGAUUUAUUGUGCUUAAUACAAUAUCUAUAGUAUCAUUGAAUAUCUAUUUUGGUCCGCUUUUUCUUUAAAAAUAAGAAAACAUGACAAAUAGAAUCAAUGACACAGAACUUUAUGCUCUACUAUUUAUGAGUAAAGUUUGCACUUAAUAUAUACUUCAUGUGAUUUAUUGUGCUCAAUACAAUAUCUAUGGUAUCAUUGAAUAUCUAUUUUGGUCCACUUUUUCUUUAAAAAUAAGAAAACAUGACAAAUAGAAUCAAUGACACAGAACUUUAUGCUCUACUAUUUAUGAGUAAAGUUUGCACUUAAUAUAUACUUCAUGUGAUUUAUUGUGCUCAGUACAAUAUCUAUAGUAUCAUUGAAUAUCUAUUUUGGUCCACUUUUUCUUUAAAAAUAAGAAAACAUGACAAAUAGAAUCAAUGACACAGAACUUUAUGCUCUACUAUUUAUGAGUAAAGUUUGCACUUAAUAUAUACUUCAUGUGAUUUAUUGUGCUCAAUACAAUAUCUAUGGUAUCAUUGAAUAUCUAUUUUGGUCCACUUUUUUUUAAAAAAUAGUAAAAGCUAUAGCUUUGAAACUUUCAACAUUUGUUAAUCAUUUAUAAGUAAAUACGUAGGUCAAGAAUCAUUACUCUCACUUGUAUUUGUCAUGAUUAUGGUCUUUUAUACUUAGAGUUUAAUCUUUAUAGCUGAAAAUUGUUUUUAUGUUCACCUUUUCUCAUUACUAUGAGAGCUAUAGCUUUAAAACUUUGUACACUUGUUUAUUAUCAGUAUAUGUGUAAGUCGAUCAAUGAUAAUAACUCUCUUUUGCCUUUUGUCAGAAUUAUGGCCCUUUUUAUCUAAGAAAAACGGAAUGUUUUGAUUAAAUUGUUGUGCCACAUAAAAUCAGUUUUUAAGACAUCAUAUGGUCUUUGAAAUUCCAAUCAUUCGUUUUUUAACACAUUGAAUUGACUAUCAAAAUCGAAAGUUUACUAUUGGAGCGCUAUGCAGACACCACCAACUAUUUUAAAUAACUACAUACAUGUAUAAAACAGUCUCCGCCUGUGUAACAACGGUUUGCAUUAUGAAAAUGUUACGUCUGCCACAAGUAUAAAUUGAAUGAUACUUUUUUGUGUUUAACUAUGAUGAUGUGUUCAUUGAAAUCAAGAAUUGUAUAUUUACAGAUACUAUUUAACUACUGCAAAUAUUGUUUGCUGCAAAUCUUUUUCUGGCAGUGAUAAUUUAGAAAAAGUGAAAGUCUUGGUUGCCAACUAACGUUUACUCUCUUACACCCACCCGUUCCCUUUUUCGGAUAUUAAAGAGCUUAAACAUA